AUGACGGCCAGGGCGCUGCGUGCUCUAGCUGAGAAGCAGCGGCAGCUGGCAGUCGCGGCGUUGCGCGAUAUCCAGGACCACAGCCGGGCAGCCGAGGCGGCUGCCCUCGCAGCCGGCGGCAAACAGCUGCAGAAGCAGGGGUCUGUGGGCUUGCGGGAGCCCCUGUCACCCAAGUCCUCUGCGUCGUAUGUGUCGGAGCAGCUUGCCGCGCACCACAGCGCGCUUGGGCAGCUGGAACAGCAGCUCGCCAGCACGCGCGCCGAGCUGGCUGCCGCGCACAAGCUUAGUGCCGAAGCCGAGAGUGGUUGGCGCGAGGCGCGCCUGGAGGUGGCGUCACUUCGUGAGACGCUGGCUCAGCGCGAGGAGAGUCUGCUGGCCAAGGAGGAGGAGCUCACCCGCAUGGGCCUCGUGUCGCCCGUACGCGGCAGCGGCAGCUACAGCGGCAGCUUGCCGGGCCCAGGGCCCGUGUUCACGACGCCUGUGGCUGGUCAGGUGCAGCAGCUGAAGCAGUGGCUUGACGAGACUCAGCGCGAGCUGAUGAACACCCAGUCUGACCUGACAGACAGCGAGGCGGAGGUGAGAGAGCUGGUGGGGCGGCUGGCGGUCGCAGAGCAGCAGCUGGCGGCCGCCACGCUGCGCAUCGACGCCUUGCAAAGCCAGCAGCAGCAGCAGCAGCAGCAGCAGCAGCACACGCAGGCGCAGUUGCAGCAGCCCGUGAACCUGCAGGAAGGUCAACCAGACGAGCGGGGCGCGCACCUUGAGAGGGAGCUCCUAGCGGCGCGGACGGCGGCCGAGGCAUCUGCAGUGGAGGCGACAGUGCUGCGUGACUGCUUGCGUGCUGCUGAGGCUGCCACAGAGGCAGCUGGUGGGCAUAUGGCGCUGCUCCGCGAGCAGCUCACUGCCGCAGAGGGCGCACAUUCUGCAGCGGCCGACGAUGCCGCAGCUGCGUCACGCCGUGCACUUGACCUGUCCCAGCAGUGCGAGGAAUUCGAGGGCCGCGAGGGGCGGCUGCAGCAGGAGGCGGGGGAUCUGCGGCGGCAGCUGGCAGAGGCCGAGGGUGCGCGCGCUGUGCUACAAGGGGAGGCGGCCGACGCGCGUGCCCAAGCAGCAAAGUCGGCUGCGGCGCUCGAUGCCGCUCUGCAGCAGCAGCACCACCAGCAGCAGCAGCAGCAACAGGAACUGCACGGCGCGACGUCUGGCGCAGAGGACGGCGCCGCCGCCUCUGCACAACCGUCUCGUCCUGCCGAUGGCAGCUCCCAGGUGGAGCUUGCUGCUGCUGCUGCCGAGUCGCACGCGCUGCGCGCUGAGCUCGAUGAGACGCGGCGACGGCUCGCUGCGCUGCUGCAAGCGGCUCGCGCGUCUGCCAGUGAAGCCGCGUUGUCGGUCCGGCCCCAGGGCGACUCUGACGUGGCCGCAGACCUAGGUUUCCUGCAGUGGCUGGCUGAGGGGCUGGAGGACAGGUACACCUCUGAGCCGCGGCUUCAGGCGCUGCUGCUGCGCGGGCGCGAGGUUGGCGCCCUGCUGGAGGGCGCUCUACAGCAGCUGCACGACCUCAAGGGCGGCUGCUCCUGCCCAAGUGACAGCCAGUACGCCGCAGAGCUGCUGCGCGAGGACUGCGGCCCCGCUCACCAGCACCAGCCGCCACCCAGCACGCAGCCACAGCAGGCAGCCACGGUGGGCAAGCGCGCGGCACAGGGCGACACGGUCCUGCGUGUGUCGCUGCCAUCGUCGCCCAGUUCUAAGCAGCAAAGGUGUUCCACCCCCACUGCAUUUGAGAAGUACGAGGCGGAGGUGCAGCUUCUGGAGCGGCACGAGCAGUGGGCGCAGGCGCAGCAGCAGGAAGCGCCGCACGCCCUCGCAGCUGCCAAUGGCGUCGGCUUUGAGGUGCCCCAGCUGGUUCUGUGGCCGCAGCUGGACCAGGACCGCACCAGCGGCAGCGGCGGCUCAGCACACACUGCGGCGGCCAAGCCGCAGUCAGCGUCGUCCGCCGGGCCCGGGUCUGGUCUGCCGGAUUAUGGGUACGGGGGCCUGGACGACGCGUGGUGGGCGCGGCCCUCAACCACGGUCGAGCCCGUGACUGACCUGCCAGACUUUUUGAGGGUCGGCCCCGUUGAUGUGAAGUAG